GUGUUGGCUGAGCUGAGUCAGUUUAAACUUUGCUGGGGAAUCUCCUUGAGGAUUUGCAGCGUUCAUCAUGACGGUUCGUCUAUCACGGAUCCAGCUGGCCCUGUUCUUUAUCUUGCUCUGUCCGGUCAAUAUCAUCGGACUCUGGUGGGCAGUGGGCAGUCCGCUGGUGAUGGAUCCCAACAGUAUCUGCAGAAAGGCGAAGCGUCUGGCGGGGAAGCAGGCUGAGCUGUGCCAGACUCAGCCGGAGAUUGUCAGUGAGGUGGCCAAAGGAGCCAGGCUGGGCGUCAGGGAGUGCCAGUAUCAGUUCAGGUACCGCCGGUGGAACUGCACCAGCCACAACAAGUACUUUGGCAAAAUACUCCAGCAAGAUAUUCGGGAGACAGCAUUUGUUUAUGCCAUCACAGCAGCUGGGGUGACGCAUGCUGUGACCCAGGCCUGCAGUAUGGGAGAUCUCCUGCAGUGUGGCUGUGAGGCCACCAGGAACAGAGCACCUCCAAGGCCGCCUUCAUCUUCCUCCUCUGGGGAUGGAGUCAAGUGGGAGUGGGGGGGCUGUGGAGAUGAUGUGGAGUUUGGUUAUGAAAAGUCAAAACAGUUCAUGGAUGCCAAGAGGAGAAGAGGAAAGAGCGACAUCAGGACGCUCAUCGACCUGCACAACAAUGAGGCUGGGCGGCUGGCAGUGAAGCUCUACAUGCGGACAGAGUGCAAAUGCCACGGACUGUCGGGCUCGUGCACCUUGCGCACGUGCUGGAAAAAGAUGCCUCAUUUCCGCGAGGUGGGAGACCGUCUGCUGGAGCGCUUCAACGGCGCUUCCAAGGUGAUGGGCGGCAACGACGGCAAGACCCUGAUCCCUGUCGGCCAGAACAUAAAGCCACCAGAUAAGCAGGAUCUGAUCUACUCAGACGAGUCACCCGAUUUCUGCCUCGCAAAUCGGAAAACAGGUUCACUGGGGACACGGGGUCGCAUGUGCAACAGCACAGCCAUGGACAUCAGCGGCUGUGAUCUGCUCUGCUGCGAGCGUGGCUACCGGGAGGAAACGGUGGUGUUUGAGGAGAACUGUCUGUGUCGUUUCCACUGGUGUUGUGUGGUCCAGUGCAAGAAGUGCUUGGUCCGAAAAGAGCUUAGUCUCUGUCACUGAUGAACUGAGGUUGAGAGUAGUCAGAAUGACAUGGUUAAUUAAAAAUUACUUCUGUUACUUUUUGAGGUGUUUGCUUUAGUUUGGACAGUGUGAAAGAAGGAAAGGGUUUGGACUUUCCUGGUGAUCCUUUUGCACCAGUUGCAAUCAGACAGUGCUCCCAAAAUUUAAUUGCAAAUUGCGUUUGACUUAGAGAAAGACAUGAAGUGCUGGCCAAAGGUUCGAAAGGUGCAGAAAGUAAAUACAGCCACAUGGAACCAAUGGAAAGAGGGACUAAAAGAAGCAAAAUAAGUGUUUCUUUUCUGAACUACCUAUUUUUCAUUUCUUUAUGAAAAAGGACCAAAGAAUGUGAAAAUUUGUGUUUUCCAUCUAAAGAAACAGUCCAGUCUCACAGCAGUUUGUGAAAUAGUCACAAAUUGUAAUCGAUCAGUGUCAUCUCAUGAGAGUAACAUAUCGAGUUGUAGGGACUACAGCAUUAUAAAACUUUUAUGGUUAUGUUUAGGCACUCAGAGCACUUAAUGUUAGUGAAAGAUCAUGUUCUGGUUUCACAGUGACUUCAGACACUGUGUUUAUCAAACUUAACCAAGACAGCCAUCGUUCUCUAACCUUCAGCAAAGUGCUUUUGCUGCCUAAACCUAACCACAGACAGGACUCUGGAUACAGACCCUGGUCUUUGGUCACUUAUACACCUACCAUCCACCCCAAUGCCCUCCUUGCAAGUCUGCUGCUGUUAAUUAACGUCAUUGAUUCACGUCUUCAUUUAAGAUACACUAUUUUGAAAGUCAUGCUUGAGUGUCCCAAAAAAAAAAGAUAAUUUGUGUCCAUGUUCACAAACAAAUAGAUUAAAUUGAGUGAUUACUUCACAAACUGCAAUGAGAGGGAAUAGAAUGAGUUGAAUAGAAAGAGGAGGAUCUAUGCUUGGAGGACCAGCUAACACAGUUUGUUAGCAUCGCCUCCCUCCACUACCAGUUCAGUGACAGAGCGUGGUGUUGAUCUCAAACCAAAGAGUUUUAGGCAUCAACAUGUAUUGAUGCAAAUAAUUUUGUUAACUAUUUUCCUUUAUUGCAUGAACUGGCCACAGUGAAGAUUAUGAAGCCUUUUAGGUCUCUGAAAUGUUUUUUCUUGUACUAUCUGGUAUUAAAAGUCCUUCAGAGACUGCUCUCUAUCUGCAGUAUGCUGUAGCAUCACAGAAAAAUGAUGGAUCAUAAAAUUAUGAUUGUUACUGAACAGUGUAACAGUGUAGUUGUAUGUUCUAGUUCUUGUGCGCCAAGAAUCACAGCAUCUUUGUAUUAUACCAUCCCAAAAUCUUGCAAGUUAGCCAGUUAGCCUGUCAUGGAACAAGCACACCAAAUACAAAACGAUGCUGGUCUUGACUUUUUUUUUUUUUCUGCUAGUGUGUCAAAAAAUUACAAAAAAGGGAAAUGGUAUCAUAUUUGAAGAAUGCUGUCAACACCAUGGUUUGUAGGUGUGGACUUGGCCUGCCAGCAAAGACUGUUAUUUAUAUAAAGAUAUGAUGACAAGACUACUCACUUCCAUCUCUCUCAGAAGCACUUUGGAUGCGACGGCUGCCGUGGACUUCCUCAGUAGUUUGGCAAUAAGACCUUUUGGGGUUGGCUGUUUCUUGUAAACCAAAAGAGAAACCUUUAUUUACAUGGCAUUGUUUGGUAUAAAGAAAAAUGUAUAUGAUGUACUUUGUUUAUCUGUUAUGAUAUACAGGGCUAAUGUAAUAAUGCACUUUGGAUGUUAGCUUUUAUUUGAUACUGUAUGUGCAUAUGUUUGUGUCCAUGUGUGAGAUUGAAAGUACGUGUGACUAUGUGUUUGUGCAGGUUGGCCAGUUAUCAUCAUAUCCAUUCAGCAGACAGUACCUUCUAUAUAUCUUUAAGUUGCUGUCUGAUGUUAAACUGCAUUGUAUUGGUUAUAAGAAGCACACAGCUCUUUGACUCUCUGUCUCUGCGUGAGGCAGACAAGACCUUUUAUUUGUUGUUCAUUUUCAGGGGAAGUAUGUUUCCCAUAAACCUAUCAUGUCAUCUCAUUUACACUUCAAUUUUAUUACCAGACAAUGUACAGUGAGCAUACUGAACUAUAGUACUACAUUGCUUCAACCUGCUGUCUGUGUUUGAGUGAGUGUUUAGGUAAGAUCGUGUUUUACCCUUGAGGAUUCAGAAUCAUCUCGUUUUGAUCUCACAGUUGGAUGCGUAUCAUCAUUCAGAUCUACCUGAUGUUCCCAAAGUGACCUUGUUAAGUUUUUGCAGGGCCAAAUGAAAUGACCACCCUCAUCACUGACCGCAACUGUUAAAAUUAGCAGUCGCUUUGUCAUCUUGUUACUGUACAUUUAUUGACUAUAGUCAUUUUAUUUUUGACACAGUGAUACACAACAUUUCAUUUCAUCUUCACACAUAUUUUUAGACAAAUGCCACGUACAUUUGUAUGAAAAAUGCCCCAAAGUUUCACAUUUUGCAGUUAGGACAUGCACAGCAAUAAGAUUAAAGAUACACCAGUCACACACACUGAUGAACAGGAUGAAUAGGGUUUUAUCAUGGCUGGUGUGGCAAAACAGUAAAUUUUUGUAUAAGGUAAUCUCCCGUGACCAGCUUCUCAGUUUGUUAUCAUCACUACAGCUUUCAUCUUAAUGACACAAGGCCUGGGUGAUGUUACAGUUCAUGAUCCUAAGCAGUUGUGUUGCUAUAACUUCUGCACCUCUGCUUGAAUAAAAGUAGAAUAGUUGCACAACACAACACAAUGUCAAAUUUCACAAUCCUCCAUGAUUUUAUGUACUUCUCUUUUUCUGAUCUGACCAGUAAUGUGAACCUAGAACCAUUUUAAUAUCUUCACGUGUUAAAUGAAGCACAUGCCGAGUCCUUCCAGUUUUUGAACAUUAUUAUUGGUUUGGUUGGAAAGAACAGAAUAUGGUAAAUGGAAGAAGGCCGUAAAGGCAUUGUAUAGAAAUGUGGUAAUAGUGACAAAAAGCAGAAAUCAAUGACAGUUACAUUAUUCAACUCAUUUUGUAGAGAAAAUGUUACAGAAUUCAUCCAUUGUCAUUUAUUUCAAUGGAGUUUGUGAUAUCUUGCUUUAGAUUCCAUCCUGCUCUUCACUGUUGUAUUCUACAGAAAACAUUUCAUAUCUGGAUGUUCCACUGCAAUUUCAUUAAACCUAAAUGUUGAAAGUGA